GGGGGAGAGAGAGAGAGAGAGAGAGAGAGAGAGAGAGAGAGAGAGAGAGAGAGAGAGAGAGAGAGAUGGAGAUACAAUUGAGUGGGCUUUCCAUCUUUGGCGAUGCUGUGAGUGACGGUGGUGGGGUUCCCCUCCUACAUGAACUACCAAGUCUACGAUGGGCAGAUCAAGUGACAGGAGGGGAAGGAAGAAAAGGAGGAAGAGGUAGGGUAGGGAGAGAUGGUCCCAACAGUCGAGCGUCGCCGAGUCUUCUGACAGACUCCAGAGGCGCUGUGGUCUCGCGUUCUGGCGUUGCCACGUGUCAAUUUUGGGGUGGCAGAAGUCUGUCCCAAACCUCCCCGACGACGGUAUCGCGACCGUUAUCACACGUGGUGGCGCAAUGGGACACGACACCACCCUCUUCCGAUGGGCUGCGACCGGUCGCCGGCGCUUUGCACUUUGACACGUCAUCACCCUCUUCCGCGGGGCUGCGCCCCGUCGCCGCCGCCGCCGCGAGGACGACUGCGACCGACGAGCACUUUCCAGUCCCUUCGUUGUCGAUCGCGAUCCCAACCGCCACCUCCACCACCUCCACCACCACCGCCACCUCCACCACCUCCUCCUCCUCCUCCUCCUCCUGCUCUUGCUCUUCCACGGCGUGCUGCUCUGCUUCCGCUAUUUCCACUCCAUGGCAGAUGGCGGUGGUCCCCACCCAUCGGACGACAGGUGGGGAAUCUCUGAGUAUGGUGGACCAGUGCUGUUCCGUUUAUCAAGAUGGAUGCAGCGGAGUAAUUAGGGGAGGAGUAGGGGGGGGAGGACUAGGGGAAGGAGGGGUUGAAGGAGGAAGAGCAGGAGCGGGAGGGGGAGGGGGAGGAGCAGGAGUGGGAGGAGGGGGGGGAGGAAGAGGUGUGGCCUCGUUGACCGGCGCCAUGGGCUCAGCAGGUCGCGAUCCCGUUGGCCGUCGUUCAACUCGUUGGACCAGGUUCUCGCACAACAAGGGAGGUGGUCCCAAUCACGCGGGAGAGGGCGUUGAUUACUCCUCCUCUUCGACGUAUGGGGGUGGUGGUUUGGGGGAUUUGGAGGGCUUGUUUCCUAAAUCGGCAAUUUCCAGGCAUCAGUGGGGACGGGCGGGAGCUGCACCGUUAGGGGCCGUUAUCAUCAUCGCCAUGGGACUGGUCGAGAGACCCGGAGGAAGCGACAGCAGAGCAUCGCAGGAAUUUGCCCAACAUCUCGAACGGCUAUGGAGUAUUACCAAGUACCACGGCAGACACAGUGCCACGUCAGCAGUGCCCCAUCAGCAGUGCCACGUCAGCAACAUGACGGGCCUGCCAGGCCAACUGGCCAAUGAGACCAUUGCCGCCUACAAGCAGCGUUGCCUGGCUCAGAUAGAGGCUGAGGAACAACGMCUGCUGGCAGUCGAGGCUGCCCGCGUACAGGCUGAAGAGGUAGCAGCAGCAGAGAAGCUGCGGCUACAGGCCGAUGCAGACGCAUAUGCCCAGGCUCGCCGCAAGGAAGCCCAGGAUCUGCUGCAGCGGCAUGAAGCCAACAGCAUCGACAGACUCAAGUACUUGCACCAACGGUCAGAGUUGGAGAGACAGUACCGGGACCUGACGCAACAGCAUCAGGAGUUGGCGACGCUCCGCCACAUUGUGCAGAGCCACGAGGAUGCAACUCGGGCACUCAAUGCCCGAUUAUUGGACCUCGAACAGGCUGUACCAGGACCAGCUGCUGGAGCUUCCAGCAGUGCACCCUCAAGCCGCCAACUGGAGGACCGCGUUGACCACGUAGUGGCAAUGCUCGACGACAUCAGCACCUUCGCUGCGCCAACCACCACCAUCAGCAGUCAGCUGCAUACAUUGAAGACCGAGGUCCAGAAGCUGCAGUCGACGAACGCGGACGACAAUCCGAAGAUGUACAAGAUGCCAACUUUCAACCUGGAGAGGUUCGACGACUACACGCAGCAGGAUCCCGUCCUCUGGUGGGAAGCAUUCACAACGCAACUCAAGAUUCUGCCAGUAGCCAAGCAUGCAUACAUCGGCGCCCUGUUUUUGAACUCAAAGGGCGGAUGCCAGACCUGGUUGAGCCACCUGGCAACCUCCCACGGCGUCGACGUACCAGACUUGAAGGACGUAAUCACAUGGGAGGAACUGACACGGCUGUGGAAGAAGCGGUUCAUCGUCGACGACGCGCCGGCACUCGCCAUCAACCGUUUGUUCACCAUGUCACAGGGCAACACAGCAACACGGGACUGGCUCACGGAGUGGCAGAAGAUUGCGGUUGUGCCCAAUCUGAAUCUACCAUUCGAGCAUCUACGUCGUGAGUUCUACAACAGGUCAUGUGCGGCAUUGAGCCAGGCUCUUGGUGAUCGCGAGCAGUACUCAACCUUUGCUGAGAUUAUUGACAAAGCGAGGGAGAUCAUCAAGACCAACAGGUCAGCUGCACACGAGAAAUCAACAUCAUGGCAGCCGACCUAUGUGGAGAAGGUACGAACUGGUCCGCGACAGCAGCACUUCGCUGCAGUCCAGCAGGACAGUGGAGAUAACCCAGCAGCCACUCCAGCAUCAAGUAACGGAGAUCAGUUGGCCGCUGUCCAGCCGCGAAGCACCAACAAGUCCCGCAACAAUGGGAAGGCGAAAUCCRCAUCGCAGGCCGGAAAUGGACAGCCAGGACAAUUUCCAUGGGUCAAGUUUGGCUUGACCGAGGCGGAGUACAAGCUCGGGAAACUGAGCUCCGCGGAAGUACCAGCUCCGUUGAUGGACGCCGGAACAGAGGUUGUCGACCUUCACGCUUUCAUUGCGAAGAUCGACCGCGAGUUCAAGACGCAACGGUACGACGACAUCGACACACCAUUGCUAUACAUACGCAUUCAGAUCGGAGAGGCGACCCGCAGUGCCUUGAUCGAUUGCGGAGCAUCUCGCAACUACAUCAGCCAGGACUUCAUGGUACGCGCCGGCCUUGGCCCACGUGUCCGGAGGAAGUCCCAGCCUACGCAAGUCACUCUGGCAAACGGUCAUACGCACAAGUCCAUCGACCAGUGCAUUGACACCGUCCCAGUGUACUUCGCCCCUCACGCAAGUGAGGCGGUGUCCUUUGACAUUCUGGACACCAAAUUCGACAUGAUCUUGGGCAUGUCAUGGCUGCGAAGCAAGGAUCACCCGGUGAACUUCUUCAACCGCACSGUUCACRUUCGUGAYCGGAACGGAGUAUUAGUUYCAUGCACGGUGUCUCUUCCUCAUCCUUCGAUCAGCUGCCACGUGGUAUCCGCCGCAAGCAUGCGAGCUUCCAUCAUCAGAGACGACAUCGAGGAGAUGGGGGUGUGUUUUCUCCACGCCCUCCUGCCACAUGACGCUUCAUCGACGGACCCACCUUCGGAUCCACGCAUCACCGAACUUCUCGACGCCUACAGCAAUGUGUUCGAAGGCCCGCACGGAGUAGUACCGGAUCGACCCAUCGGCCACGAGAUCAUCCUCGAGGACGGGGCCACGAUCAGGAACGUUGGCCCUCUCCCACGCAUCGACGAUCUUCUCGAGCGAUUGGGCGGCGCCCAGUUCUUCUCUAAGCUGGAUCUCAAGUCAGGGUACCACCAACUCGAGAUUCGCAAGGAGGAUCGCUACAAGACCGCGUUCAAGACUCGGUAUGGGCAUUUCGAAUGGCUGGUCAUGCCAUUUGGCCUUACGAAUACCCCAACCACUUUCCAAGCGGCUAUGACGACGGAGUUCCGACACAUGUUGGAUCGUUUCGUACUUAUCUACCUCGACGACAUUCUGGUUUACAGCCGGAGUCUGGACGAGCAUAUGGAACACCUGCGCACCGUUUUGGAGCGGCUACGACAGGCCAAGUACAAAGCAAACCGCGACAAGUGCGAAUUCGCAGAGCAGGAGCUGGAGUACUUGGGACACUAUGUGACGCCGCAAGGCAUCCGUCCGCUUGCGGACAAGAUCGAGGCCCUACGAGUAUGGUCCGAGCCCACCAACACCACGGACGUUCGUUCAUUCAUGGGGUUGGCGGGCUACUAUCAGCGAUUCAUCACCGGAUACUCCAGGAUUGCUACACCUAUGACGACGUUACAGUCGCCAAAGGUGCCAUUCGUAUUCGAUGACGACGCACGCCGGUCAUUCCAAGCACUUAAGACGGCUAUGCUCAUAGGACCCGUCCUUAGCAUCUAUGACCCCACCCUGCCGACGCGAGUGACUACGGACGCUUCCGGCUAUGGCAUUGGGGCAGUCUUGGAACAGCACGACGGCGACGACUGGCGCCCUGUGGAGUAUUUCAGCCACAAAGUGCCUCCCAUCAACUCGCUUGAUGAUGCAAGGAAGAAAGAGCUGCUCGCUUUCGUGAUGGCUCUCAAACGCUGGCGGGACUUCCUCCUUGGGCGUCGUAGGUUCACAUGGAUCACAGACAACAAUCCAUUAACCAACUACAAGACGCAGGACACAGUGAGCAGCACGAUCGGACGAUGGAUGUACUUCAUCGACCAAUUUGACUUCACACCAAAGCAUGUCCCCGGCCUCUCCAAUCGCGCAGCAGAUGCACUCUCGCGAAGACCUGAUCUUUGCGCUAUGACACAUCAUGCCUUCGCAUUCGACGAGGAGCUUCAGCGACACUUCAUCCGGGCAUAUCAGUCUGAUCCGGACUUCGGCACGCUCUAUGCACAACUAUCUUCGGAUCACCCGCCGGCCAGCCAUUACCGCAUUGCCGACGGCAAGCCCCGCAACUGCAAUCCCUACGGCGAGUUACACCCGAUGCCUAUCCCUUGGGAACCCGGUCUCUCCAUUGCCAUGGACGUCACCGGUCCGUUUCCUCGCGACCGGCUCGGGCACGACGACAUCCUCACGGUUGUGGACCGAUUGAGACUGGACGGUAUUCCAGUGGAAAUGUACAAAGACUUCCGCAAUUUCUUUGUGAUAUUGCUGAUUGUGGCGUUCAAUGAAGCACUAAGGACCGGCCCUUCUCCGCAAGGCUUUGCAGAUGCAUACGUUAUCCUUUUGUACAAGAAAGGAGCGAAGGCGGACAUGCAAAACUGGCGACCGAUCUCCAUUUUGAACGCGUCAUACAAUAUCUUGGCCAAGGUGCUGGCAACCCACCUGAAGGAGGUGCUACCACAGCUUAUAGAUUCCACACAGACAGGUUUCAUCUCAGGCCGCCAGAUCCUCUCCAACGUUCUGCUGGCACAGCAGAUCCUAGAGGAAGACCAAUGCACGGGUGGCGCAAAGGCCUUCGUGUCAAUUGACGUAGAGAAAGCUUAUGAUCGAGUUCGGUGGGAGUUCCUCAUGCAAGGGAUGGCGCAAAGACGGAUAGGAACUAUCUUCCGCAGUUGGAUAAGAAAGCUACUGACAGGAGCCAUGAUAGUGAUGUUGGCGUGGAACAAGCUCAUUCAACCAAGGCAACCUGGAUCCACGUCGUCAGAUCAUUGCGCUUCAGCUGCGACAGCUGUUGUGACAUCUACUAGGAACGCGGGGGAGAUGUGGCAAGAGAUCACCCGGUCUCAUUUGGCCUACGCACUCCGGAUCCCGCAGGAUCUGGUGGACCUAUGCCUGCUGGGUGACAAGGAGUUAGUUAAUAAGUCCCCGCCGCUAGAGGUCACGAAAACAGACGAUGCAGCUCUUCUCUUAGGGACGCCCAUAAAAGUGGACAGGGGCGAACCCGGAAACUAUGGUGGCAGCAGAGACUCUGCGAGCGGCGGUGCUGUGGCCAUUAUGGACCCUGCGGAACGAGAGAUGUCGACAGGGAACAGCUCCCCCUCUGCAGGCAUAUAAGGAAAGGGCUUUGGAAUGUAUCAGAAGUGCCCUUCCGGCGGACUUGCAUAGAUACAACCAUUUAGGAUCGCGGAAGGUGGAAGGCUUCUGGGCAAGAUGGGGCCCAUACCCGCAACUGAUUAUUCGAGAUCCUUGUACAGGCCUUUUGCAGUUCGGCCCCGCCCUGUUGCGGCACGUGGCCCUGUUCGAGGACGAUCCUGAUCCCGGGGAACGAUAGCAAAGGCAGUUAAUCGAGUAGGAGGUGUGAUGAAACCCAGUGGACACCAGAAUUAGUAUAGCGGAUAGGGCGACAUUAGGAGGGAGGGGUCGGCAGGGGAAGGUGUAGGGGGGACCACACGGCUAGGGGGAGAGGGUAGUAAAGGGAAUUGAAGAAG